AUGGAAGGUCCAACGAGCGUGUACAACUCCAAGCGCGCGUUCAUCGAGUCGCAGGUGCGCGUGUUAAGUGAGCCCUUGCGACCUUCACGCGAAUGGACAGAGGAGUAUCCCGAGUUUGCAAGGGAGAAAGCAGUCGAACGCGCGUUGAUGAAAGUACACAUCAUGCAACGACGACACCUCCGCGAGGUAUACUCAUCGCAAGCAAUCCACCAGGUCGCGUCACAGGUCGACAAGCUGCACCAGGAGAAAUAUUUAGUGGCUACAACUGGUAGUUCGACUAUUGCUGGAACCGCUACCUCACCCUUGCGAGCGGUGAUGAGCGGAGAGAUUGCGCUGACAGAGCCAGAAGCAAUCGAAGUACUUCCAGAGACAUGGGAAGAAGCGGCUGGUCCUUCAACGGAUAACGAUCCAGAAGAUCUUGCGCGCUACGAGAAACUACGAGACGAACUACUUUCUCUCUCAUCAGCCUUGUCAAACGCACAGCAAAGAGACGCGCAAGUGUCAGAGAUCCAUAGUCUUGUAAAGAUGUUUACCGACCCGGUCCCAAACGUUCAGCAGAAUCUUGUGUAUAGAGAUGGAGAGAUAGAGCAAGAGCUGGCCAGAAUGCGCGUAUUAUUGGCACGUGUAGGGGCUAGACUUCCACAAGCACUUGCUACGCAGGAGUCAUGA